UGAUUAUCUUCUACAGCCUCACCUCCCUCAAAAGUUUCGUCACUUUCAAAACUUGGAUCUUUAUCUGUUUACGAAACAGGAAAAAUCUACCCUUUUCUUCCACCAUGAGAGUUCUUCAGGCUUCCAACAUAUACGGUGUUGGCUUUGGCAUUCCAUCCAUUUCAACUCGCCCCAACUCUUCUUCUCAUCGCCACGCCAUCGUAGCCACAGGGGCAGUAUUGGCGAAAUCAGCUCCAAUAGGAAGAAAGUUAACGGAGCAGCAUUCUUUGAAGAAGGCAGAUAUGAAGAAAGAAGAAAAUUCAGUUGUUCUCGAGAAAAAAGAUUUUGCAGUUCCAAGGAGAAAGGCUAUGGCCCUGAUAUUCUCCAGUUUUGUGCUCUCAAAUUAUGAAUUGCCCAAAGUUGCAUAUGCUCAAUCUGUUGAGUUCAGGGAAUAUAUUGAUACCUUUGAUGGCUAUUCGUUUAUGUAUCCUCGAAACUGGAUUCAAGUGCGUGGUGCUGGUGCUGACAUAUUUUUCAGGGAUCCUCUUGUUUUAGAUGAAAAUCUCUCAGUGGAGAUAUCAUCUCCUUCAUCCUCUAAGUACAAAAGUGUAAAAGAUUUGGGUCCACCAGAAGAAGCUGGAAAGGGAGUCCUUAGACAAUAUUUGACUGAAUUUAUGUCCACUAGACUUGGUGUCAGACGCGAAUCAAGUGUUCUUUCUACUUCGUCAAGGGUAGCUGAUGAUGGGAAGCUGUAUUAUGAUGUUGAGGUGAAUAUCAAGUCUUACGCAAACAAUAAUGAACUGGCUAUAAUGCCACAAGAUCGAGUUGCUCGUCUGGAAUGGGACAGGCGAUACCUUUCAGUCCUCGGAGUGGAAAACAACUGUUUAUAUGAAUUGAGAAUACAAACACCUGAAAAGGUGUUUGUCCAAGAGGAAAGUGACAUUCGUGCAAUUAUGAAUUCCUUCAGAGCAAAUAAGAUUGCAGCUUGAUAAACUUUGUUAAAUGUUAGACUCAAUGAUAACAUGGGAACAUUGAUGCCUGUUUAGCCGUUGCUUUGUUCUCCAAAUUGUUAUUCCAUAGUUUUUGUCUUGUUCAGUAUUAAUUCUCUAAAAAGUUGAAACUAAUUGACCUGAUUAACGUGGAACAUCACUUCGGUUGGAUGAAA